CGGGCGCAUACCCCCCUCUCCUUCGUGUCGCGUAUUUGGGCAUGGCCCAUUAUCUCGCGUGAGCUACCCGACUGCUUCGUCCUACCCUGUAUCCUUCCUCUCCUUCCCAUCUUUUUCCCCUUCCUUCUGUCGCCUUCGCAUCUCUCCCCGCACCGCCGCCGACUGCUUCUUCGUUUGCAUUGAUUCCGCGCGUUGGCUUCUUCUUCGUUUGGAUCGAUUCCCCGCGGCGGCUUCUUCUUGGUCUCCCUUGUUUUUCCGGUUGGAACCCUAGGCGGAGGCCAGCGCUAGGGUUUGGAUCGAACCCUAGCCGGAGAUCGCCAUGGAUCCAGAUGUACCAGAUGGUAUUCAAGAUGCGCAAGACGAAUAUAUACAACAGGUGGAUGCAAAUGGUCUUCAUGAUGACCAAGGCGCACAAGAACGAGGCCAAGUUGAACAACCAGAAGGGGACGAACCAUUUCAACAUAUUCCAAGAGGUCUUCGCAAUGACUCAGGUGCCCGAGUGUUCCCUAGGAAGUUGUGCAAGCCUACAUACAUUACCAGACUGUCUUUCAAGCGUUGGAACAAAACUGUUAAGAAGUUUAGUGACAUUCAGCUAGGUCAUGUGACAAAGUACAAAAUGGAAGCUCUGCUUCAUAUGCCAAACAAACUUAAAAUUCCAAUGAAUCUGCUUGAAUGGAUAGAUCAGCAUAUGUUUGGAAGUAAAGAGCCAUGUUUCAAGCAUAAGAAUAAAGUUAUCAAGAUUACUAAUGAUAUGGUCAACAAAAUUUUCGAUUUCCCUGGUGGCACCGAGCCUUUUAUAUUCAGUAGUGAUGAUCCCCAAGUGAAGGCAGAGGUUUCAGAGUUAAGGAACAAGUAUGUUGAUCAUCGGAACAAAAUGCCAAUCAACAAAAUAGAGGAGGUGAUGCUUAGUGACGAGACAGAAGAUGGUUUUAUCAGGAGCUUCACAUUUUAUUUCCUAUCAUCUAUCUUGUGCCCUGCAUCAUACUGCUUUGGCAACAUGAAGUUCUUGUACUCUCUAAGAGAUGUUUCUGCUAUCCCUUCACUUGACUUUGGGAAAUUGGCACUGGAUUUCAUGCGUGAGGAAUUAGAGCGUCACUUUGAAAUGAUCAUGAACAGGCCAACUAUUGAGGAAAUGAACAAGUCUUCAUAUAUUAGGGGAUGUCUUCCUAUUUGGGGAAUCAUUUAUCUGGAUUUUGUUGAUUUUGAUUUUAUUGAGAAUCACCAGUCAACUGUGGAUUACUCUCUUCCUCGGAUAUCUCAUGUGAAGACUGAAGAUUUCAAGUAUCUUGCAAUGGUUGAUAGGAAUUAUGAGUCUAGGAAAAAUUACGGGGUUUUACCACUGCGCAACAUAUCACGCACCCCAUAUGCCAAUGAGGCGCCUAUUAAUAAUGCUCUUGAUGCUGCUGGUGUGUUUAAUUCAGUUCCUUAUGCGGAGGUCAACAAUGCCAAUAGUGUUGCGAAGUUCUAAAUGAGAACACGUCAAUUGAUUCAAAAUGUCCACAAAUCAUUCCAGAAGGUCCCAGUUGCGCUGCAAAAGUUGAACCAGACGUAAAAGUGAAACCAGAGCCACAUUUGAAAUCAUAGGUAGUUUUUUGUGUUGUUCCCUUUUUACGUUCUUAUCUAAGUGCUUUCUUGAAAGAAUUGUCCUGUUUACUAACAUUUUUACAAUCCAGGGUCCCUCCAAUGAUGUCUUUAAGCAGGAGCCAAUCGGACCAAAUUUAAGCUACUUUUUUUGUAUUUGCUCUUUUUAUGUGUGCGUGUGCUAUCUUUGUUUAUCUCAUUCUUUUCAUUCUUUGGCCUGAUUUAUGUGUCUUUCCUUAUAACCAGAACUUGUCUGUCUUGAAUUCUAUGCACCAAACACCAAUUUUCCUGGAAUAGUAUAACUUUUAAGGUUAUUUCAGAGAGCUCAAGAUUUUGCACUUGUGCUUAGCUUAUUGUGCGCUAUGGCUAUUCGGGUCAAGUAGAACUUGUUCUAAGCAUAUUUGUCUUUGCUCAUUAUCUCAGUCUGUUUGUAAAUAGCCAAUUUGAAUGCGGCAGGACUAUAUAUUAUAGAUUAAGUGGAUAAGUUGUGUAGUAAUGAUUGCAACUGAAUUUUACUAUAGAUUUUUUGGUAAUUUGAUAAUACCAUUUUUUCACUCUAUUUUAUGACUGAUCAUGACCAGCAGUUUUAAUACUGGAUUCACAAGUAAACUGGUGUGGAACCUUUCUAUUUGAAAUUAAUGUUGCAUGUAGCUUAUAGUACUUCUAGCUAGUUAACUUGUUAUCUGAAUUCUGCGUUUUUCCUUAUGUCCAAAACAUUUCGGUCCUGAAUUCGGUGUACCAAACACCAAUUUUCCCUGUUCAUGAUACACCUCUGAAUACCAACUCUGUUGAUUAAGCAACUACUUCACAACCUACGGUCUGCUUGAAGUUUUACAAAAAAAAUCCUGAUCAUAAUUUUGAUUGAACUUACAACAACAUUUCAACUUCCUUUCUCAGCAGGAAGGAGUCUUUGUAUCGACUAAAGCAGCUGAUAUCAAUUUUUCUGGUGGAGUUAAUGCAAAAAGAAGUUUUAUAUUGAUUAGUUCUACUUCUCCAAAUGAAAGAGUCAAGCGCUUCCAAGGGACUCCAAUCAGUAUUGAGGAUGAUUCUCCUAUCACUCCUGCUCCUGUGAGUAAUGAAGACAUACCAGCCUCUCACUGUCAUACAAGUGAGGGAAUUCCAAUGAACGUGGACUUUGCUGACCAACAAGACCAUUCUACAAUGAAUAAUGCAGAAGCUGGACCAAGUACAAGACCUAAUACAAUUGAAAAGAAGAACAGAAAAAAAGAGCAGCUAAACUUCAAUCUCCUGAUCCACCCAAGAAACUCAAAAUAUCUCGAGAAGUGGAUAUGUUCUUUUCCAAAUAUCUGAGGAAGCAUAUCUUCCAAGAAUACACUCUUUUUCUUGACAUAGAAGGUUUUCCUAUAAGCUAUGAGAAUUACUUAAAUUCAUUCAAAGUGAGGGGUGAGAUUGGAGAUGAAGUGAUGAACUCAUUUAUUCAAGUUCUUAACUAUCAAUCAAAACUGUCAUCUGAAGUAAAGCCUUGUAUCAAGAAGUACUGUUUCACUUCAUACUUCACUGAUAAAUUGUUGGUUCCCCCUGAGUUAUUUGAUCCAGUUACGUGCAUACGAGAAUUUGACAGGAUCAAUGCAGAAGAAAGCCUCUGGAAACCAGACCUGUUAUAUUUCCCUACUAUAAAAUCAAACCACUGGGUUAUACUUUCCAUCAACUCUCUCUUCGAGAGAUCUCACUUUUUUUAUCCCUGUGGCACUAUUACGGGAACUACCCAAGAAGAACUUCUCUACAACUUGCUUUCCAACUACAACAUGCUCUGCAAGCUGAGUAAAAAGCCAUUCAAUAAUGUAUUCUCUUUCAAGCUUCAACCCGUAGGUCCUUACCCAACAAACUCUCUCAUGCAUGACUCAGGCCACUAUCUGCCUUUGUACAUGGAAAAUUUUGAAGGCAAAGCUAUGAAGAGUUUCAGCGUGGCCAACAUUCCGAAGUACAGAAUGAUCUCUGCGUUCAAGUUAUUCAAAAGCAUUUUGAACAAGCUGAAAGAAGAAGAUCUGCCAAUACCAAAUUGACUUUCGCACGAGAUGCAUCUGCAAACAUUUUUUAAUGUGUAAUUCAUCGGAGAAAAGAAAUGCAUUUCCAUGUGUGCAACAGUUUCACCUGUAUUCGUAUGGCAGUAGAUGCACUUUACUAGUUGUUUAAACAUAUGUUACCGUGAGCAACUCCUAUACUUUUUUUGGCCACCUACUCUACUUCGUGAUUUAUAUAGUACCUCUGUUGCUAUCA